CUUCAUUACCGACCAGUCCAGAUUGAAGGAGGACAGAGAGGCAAGCCGUGAAAGCGAACAGAUGUGAACCGGACUACGGAAAGAGAACAAGCUGUAGCUGAAGACGGAAAACCUCUGAUCCUGCUAAUAUGUGGCAACCCGCGUCAGAGCGAUUGCAGCACUUUCAGACCAUGCUGAAGACCAAGCUAAAUGUGCUGACGCUGAGGAAGGAGCCGUUGCCCACGGUGAUCUUCCACGAGCCCGAGGCCAUCGAGCUGUGCUCCACCACACCGCUCACAAAGAGCAGGACCCAUGCUGGAUACAAGGUGGCCUACCUGGGUAAGGUGACUAUCUCUGGGACCCAGUUCCUGUCUGGCUGCACAGAGUCGGCGGUGGUGGGUCUGGUGGAUCGCCGCGACCUCUCCCAGCAGCAGGGCAUCUGCCCCGAAGGCAAUUCACUGCUGGAGAUCCGGCCCUUCCAGGUGCGCCUUCACCACCUGGACGAGCACGGCGAGGCCUCAGUAACCAUGGACACAUACCAGGUGGCGCGGAUCGCUUAUUGCACAGCCGACCACAGCGUCAGACCCAACGUGUUCGCCUGGAUCUACCGGGAGAUCAACGACGACCUGUCCUUCCAGAUGGACUGCCACGCCGUGGAGUGCGAGAGCAAGCUGGAGGCCAAGAAGCUGGCGCACUCGAUGAUGGAGGCCUUCCGCAAGACUUUCCACAGCAUGCGCAGCGACGGUCGCAUCCACAAGAGCGGCUCGUCGGACGACUUUGCUGAGGACUCAUCCACCCCCGAAGACUCGACCCCGGAUGACGGUUGAACUGAAACUCGCCUAAACUCCUGAUCCCCAUCCUGACAAAGCAAGGGGUGACUGGAAGGAUGGACAGAUUAUCUGCUCUCUCUCAUUCUCCCCCUACUAUCUCAUUCUGUCAUCGAUUUGGAACAAAAUUAACCGACCCUGCGAACCAACACGCCCAGGAUAAAGAAGUAGCUUUUAAAUACUGUAAAGGGAAGGUAGACGAAAAUGGAGUUUCAAAAGACCUACAUUUACAUACAGGGAUAGCAAAGUGCUGCCACUUUGAAUAAAUGGCCCUCAAAGACCCACAGGGUUUUUCCAAGCACCGCUGUAAACACCCUCAAGAGAUUGACUCGACACUUCCGUCUCCAUUUCCAAACCACUGUCACUCCUGCACUCAGCAGAGACUCUGUUUGUGGUUCUUAAGCUUUUUCACCCAGGAUAUAACAAAGUUUAGUCCCUGUUCUUCUGACCCCAGCUCAUGACAACCUAUUGCUACUCUUGCCAUGUAGGGACCCAGCAGAAAUAGGCCUGCGACCUGUUUUGGGUCCCAACCCAGAGUUUAUGAGACUGUUGGAGCACAUAAAUUCUUUAAAUGUUUAAUUAUGUGGAUCUCUGUUCCAAUGCCUUCGACCUUGGUAAUAGCAAAUGAGGAUGUGAAAGAAAAGCUAAGCCUUUAAGCACUAUUCAUAUCAUCACUACGGUACCUUAGUCCGACCCCGAAAUUAUUUGCCGGCAUGGCUGUUAAUCAUGUGGACGAUGGAGCCACAGCUUCCUCCGCUGUCUCCGCUACAGCGGAUAAGUAAUAGGUACUUUAAGAUUCAGAGUACGGCACCUGGGAGGGUAAAGGUGCUACAUAGAUGUUACAUUUUAGAAGUUCUCACCGGGCUUAAAGCCUGGGUCUGUCUGCGACACCUUAAUCAUUCACUUCUGUUUUGAGUAUACCAAAUUUCAGGCUGGAUUUUGCCUGUCAGAUUAUGUGCCUCACUUUCCUCUCACAUUAGUUUGCUCUCUUACCCAGGUCCCUGUUUGUUUGUUUGUUUGUUUGUUUGUUUGUGUGGCCAUGUGUGCGUGCAACGUUUUUUUGUUUUUGUGUGUGUAGAUGUACUUGCUGACUUCUGUACUUUGUGUAUAUGAAUGUACACGUGAGUGCUUGCAUCUCUGUGUGUGUGAAAGAGAGGAAGAAGAUUAGGGGUUGGUGGUGGGGGGGUUAUCGAACGAUAAGUUGGAAGUGAAGACUUCUCAUCGCCCCGGAAGCAUCCGUUUUUGAUGCUUAAAGAGGCGUUUUAAAAUCAAGACAUGGUACUGUGACCAUUUGCCACGUUUUCUUACUUUUAUCUUGUAUGAAAUGAACAACAUGAGAGUCUGAAUGUGCCAGUCACAGAGGUUGUAGGACCCUGAGAACACAGCCGUCCACGAUAACGACCGACACCUCCUGGCCUCUGCUGAAUGUAUGACGAGUCCAACGUGCUGUGAGCGCCUCACACCAUCCGGUCACUUCAGUCUCCCAUAAUAAUCUCAUGCUAUCACAGACAAGCUGUAAGGGACAGCCAGUGAGCAGGUUCACUCCGCUCUGCUGCCCUGCUGCAUCGAGGCAUCGAUUGUGGGCCAAAAACUCCGAGCUCCACGCCACUUUCUUCUUCUUUUUUUAACUGGACUGUAUGGAACAGACUGGACGCUAUCAGUGGAAAUAGUCAGUGACUCGAACAGAACGAUCAGGUGGCUCUGGUCAACACACAAAUAUACACACCUACAUACGAUUAUACAUAUGUACACACACAUUGUAUUUGAAUCUUGCUCAAUAAGCUUCUGUAAAUACAAAUGUAUCACUUUCCAAAUAUUACAGCAUAAAUGUUGAUAGCUAUUUUAAAUAAUAAUAAAAAAAAUGUUGAGAACCAUCAUACGAUACAGAAACAGUGUUAUAAAGCCUACUGUGAAUAAUAAGUGGAGAGCCUGAUAGCGGUGGCUGUGUGUGCGUGUGUGUGUGUGUGUGUGUGUGUGUGUGUUUGGAAGGGAUUGUAUGUGGUGGGUUAAGUGUAGUGAGGGGUGUGUAUGGACAGGCCAGAGGGGGGGGAGAAUGUUUAUAAAGCUGUAGAUUACUGUGUCAUGUCUGUCUGAAAGCUCAGACACGCUUUAAAUGUUUGAAAAAUGUUACCUUAAGUGUUUUCUAUACAGUGUUUGCAAAGAUCAAGAAACAAUUGCAUAUAAAGUAUUUACCAAGA